AAAUUUCCACUCCCCUCGUUGCCCCUCUUCAUCUGUCCUCCUUUUCUUCUUCAAGACACAUUCUUUGACAGAGAGAGUGAGCGAGAGAGAGAUGGGGAAUUGUCAAGCCAUUGACGCUGCAACUCUAGUGAUUCAACAUCCAAAUGGAAAAAUAGAAAACUUUUAUUGGCCUGUGAGUGCUAGUGAGGUCAUGAAGACGAACCCUGGUCACUACGUUGCUCUUCUUCUCUCCACCACCUUGUAUGAUCCAACCAAUAACAAUGGGGAAUGUCCCAACAACGGCACCGCUAACAAUAAUUCUCUGAGAGUGACGAGGAUUAAGCUUCUCAGGCCUACUGAUACUCUUGUUCUUGGCCAUGUUUAUAGACUCAUCACCACUCAAGAGGUUACGAAAGGGUUAUGGGCAAAGAAACAAGCAAAGCUGAAGAAAAACGAUCCAGAAUCAGAAGAGAAACCUGAGAGGGUGAAAGAGAAGCAGGGAUCAGGAGUGGAUACAAGAGCAAGAAGAUCUGAACAAGAGAAGAAAAAUCAGGUGACCGUUAAAAAAGAAAGAAACAGACCAAGGGCAACAACAUCAGCUAACUCUGCUGCCAUGGCCAGAUCAAGAGCAUGGCAACCCUCACUCCGUAGCAUUUUAGAGGCUGGCAGCGGCAGCUAAUUGUGUCUCAUCAUGUCCUUCUUCCAUGCUGCAUAGGAUCAAAUACAUGGGCUCAACAGCAGAAUCCAGGCUUGCUUUAACCUGCAAGAUUUAAUAUCAGAUAAUCCAUGGAGGCAGGUAGCUACUAGGACAAAUUAAAGUAAAUCUUUCUUCUAGUACAGAUUUGGCUAAUGUGGGCAUACUUUGUAUAGCAAAAGGAGGCAUCUCAAACAUGGUUGUAACUCGAGGAACUCCUCUUUUGAAAUGAAAUUGAACUUUGUUUCAAAA